AUGUUGUUGCUCUUCUACACGGCAGCGGUCGAAGCGAAAACGCUUCAAGAGCUAUUUGCCCUGACUCCCAGUACGUUUUCCCGGGUUUUAUGCCGUGCGGAGACAGCACUUGCAGCAGCGCUGAAGCAUGCCAAAGGCUGCGAUCAUGUGGCCAUCAAAGGCAAACACGUCGUCCACUUGUGGACGACGUGUUUGCUUUCGUUGACGGCAAGAGCCUACGCGUUCAAGAACCAUCGAGCAUUGAUCCCCAAAAUACCCAUUACAACGUUGAUGUUGUUCUCGACGAUCAUCCCUAUCACGACGCUCUUCUUCUGCUCUACGAUCGCGUUCUUGGCGCACUUCUUCCACUUUGCGCUCGUCCAUCGCGAUCAUUAUCAAUAA